CUUCACUCUUCUCAUUCAACUCAGCCACUUCACAGUCAUCUACUUCCAGAAACACCAGAAUGCAAAUCACCACGAUUAUCGCCACUGCCAUCCUGGCUGCGGGAGAGGUAGCUGCUGGCAUUAACUGCAACGGCAGCGGCAACUGCGGCACAAGCGGUGCUUGGCUUACCGAUAUAAUCAGCAUGGCCAAUUAUAUCGACCUAGGUCGCUGGUAUCAGAAUGGGGAGCAUAUUGUAUGUGCUGCCAACCUCUGUGCAUUCCUGCAAAACACUGGUGGCAUGCCUGGUUCAAAGAUCAGUGAGCUCCUCUGGGAUCUGAAGGAUCACGGUUGCGCGAGAUGCGGCAGUAUUCCGGUCUUUUUUCCGAGCGGUGACAACAGUGACAGCAGCCACGGCAUUCUCACUGUUAAUUAUGUCACCAAGCCUAAGUGCAACUGGGGUGCUUGCCCAAAAUAAAGUGGACGGGGUAGUUUAAGUGUUGUCACGGGCGGUCAGGGACUCUGGGGCUGGCGGGGAGCUCUUAGGGGAUAAAAAGGGGAGAUUAGAGCCAUCACAGUGGAAGGGCAUCGUGUUUUUUUUUCAUCAGGGAUUCUUCCUAGAAGUCAAAGAGGCCGGAAGGGCUCGAGACAGCUAGAAAGUCUAUUAAUUUGUUGCCUUUAUUUUCGAGAGACUUAUUUGAGUCUAUUUUAACCGACGCUAUAAUCCUUAUCUAACCUCCGUCUUCAACAUCCCUUAGAUAUCGGGCUGCCGGAGGCCAUAUUGAAGACUUGCCAACAGACCUUUUGCGACCGACCCGAUAUUCUAUCUCAUUAGAAGCUUCCCUAUCAGAAGACAUGAGCCU